AUGGAUGCCAAAACGCGACUGCGCAAGGCAUGUGAUGCCUGUAGUAUUCGCAAGGUGAAGGUUGAAGGGAAGUGUGAUGUCAGUGGUCCACCUUGUCGAUCUUGCGCUACGCUGGAUAUUCCGUGCACUUUUUCGAGACCAAGCAGGAGAAGAGGACCUCCAAAUCGGCAUGCUGAAAACUUGAAAAAGCAAAAGCUCGAAGCCCAGCCGGAUAAUUCACCGGCUAGCUUGCCUGAAUAUCCAUUGCCGAGCACACCUCAGCCAUAUGCUGCUUCGAUUCAUUCGUCAACGACAUUGUUUCCCGCUUCUGCGGAAGCCAUAUGUUCGUUGCACACGGUGCAGCUGCUCCUGGACGAUUUCUUCAUGUACAUUCAUCCCUUGGUUCCCGUUCCUCAUGAACCUACUUUCCGCGCUGCCUUUGAACGCCGCGAGGAUACCACUAGCGGCACUUUCUUAGCCCUCUUGGCUUCCAUGAUAGGGGUUCUCGUGGCCUCCUUUCCCCGGCGACCCAAAUUACGGCUCAACACCGAGGCCGAACGUUCUGCGUUCCCGAACUCCAUAGCAUUGGUAAAACGUUGCCACGAUGUUGCCAUCCAAGCCCGAGGCAUUGGGUAUCUUGACCGCAACGCGACAGUUUACGAUGCAGCCACGAGCUAUUUCUUAGGGCUAUGUUCCGGCUACAUCUACAGUAUGCGCCGAUGCCGUGUCUAUCUGGCGGAAUGUCGCACUAUGAUUCAGGUAUAUGACAUGUGUCGUUCUCCUACAAAUCUUCCCUCUGCACCCGGAAUAAACGCCACGGGCCCAAUGUCCCCAGCAUCAGCAAUGACGCAUGAUCAGCCGGCCCAGAAUCUUACAGACAAUACUACGGUAGAUCUGAUAACCCAGGAGUUGGGCCGUCGGCUAUUCUAUGUCACAUUGGUUGGAUAUCAAACUCUGCAUCAGAUGGGUUCUUCCGAUAUCAGGGUUCAAAUACCUCCGGAGACCCCAACUGAUCGGUAUCCACCGCUCCCACUCGAAAUUGACGACGAGUUCCUCUUUUCCACCCAUGUCAGCGCUCAGCCUGCAGAUCGGGUAUCACAACUUGUCGCCUUCAACGCAAAUGUUCGGGUGUACAGCUCGAACAACGCCUUGUUAGCUUGGGAUAUUGCGUUUGGCAGUGGCCAGAUCUUUGAUUGGGAGCAACAGCGCUCUUGUUUGUGGGAAUGCCUCCAAAAGGCAAAGUCUGCGCUUUCAAAUGUCCCCGUCGAGCUGUCUCUCUUCCACCCCAAGCAAAUCUCCCCCGCUGGACUGUCCGGGCUGAACGAGGACGGCUCGAUAUUCGACUACCCGCAUGACCAUAUUCAUCAGGAACGCCGCGCAAUUCAGUAUGAGAUACAGAAGGCCAAUAUUUAUGCCAGCCAACUCUGCACAAGGUCAUACCUUGUUGAAAAAUACUGGAAUCUCUUUGAGACAUUCACUAAAUAUGGUAAUUCGGCGAAGUUAUCCAUCCCGACGCCUGCCACACCGCACAUCAAACCUGAGCCGUCAUCAGAGGCACCUGCUGAGCAAGUCUCGACGGCGGGCCCGAGUAUCUCCUCACAGGCUCUGGCACACGUGCACACAGACUCCAUUGGCCGCAUGAUGGCCGAGGAGCGCAAAUUGGUUAUCAAGGAGUUCUUCAUCCUCCUGCGUACUGUCAACGAAGUAAACAUGGAGCCCAACGGCGGCAGCAUUACAACCAAAAUCCGUCAAGUAGCAUCCACCCUUCUUAACGAAACAACAACAACCAUCCCAACCGAAAACCCAUUGGUCACCCCUCCAGCGGCAGUAUCUAACCCGAGUCCGAACACCUCGAAUCUCCACGUCCUUACAUCCGCCGAAGCGGAAUCCUACCUCCACGCCUUCAUCGAUACCCUGAUCCGCCUCGAAGGCCAUGCCUCCGCAACCACAGAUCCGGGCAGCGGAACCGAGGGCAUGAGUCCGCAUGGAAACGGGCGCGCAAUGAGCUACCUGAGUGAUUAUGAGCGUGACCAGGAGGAGCUGAGUCAGUGGGCUAGCUUGAAAGAGUACCAGCUGAAAUUUGCUGAUGUUGGGGGUUUCUUCUCCGAGUUGUAA